AUGGCCCGGCGCGCGGGACGGCCGGGGCUCCAGGGGCCGCUACUGCCAGGGCUGCUGCUCGUGGCGGCGGCGCUGAGCCGGCCCGCUGCGCCCUGUCCCUUCCAGUGUUACUGCUUCGGUGGCCCCAAGCUGCUGCUACGCUGCGCGUCGGGCGCCGAGCUCAGGCAGCCACCGCGAGACGUGCCACCCGACGCGCGCAACCUCACCAUCGUGGGCGCCAACCUGACGGUGCUGCGCGUGGCCGCCUUCGCCGGCGGGGACGCGGACGGGGAGGAGGCGGAGGCGACGGCGCCGGGCGUGCGCCUGCCGCACCUGACCGCGCUGCGCCUCACGCACAACAACAUCGAGGUGGUGGAGGACGGCGCCUUCGACGGGCUGCCCAGCUUGGCGGCGCUCGACCUGAGCCACAACCCGCUGCGCACCCUGGGCGGCGGCGCCUUCCGCGACCUGCCCGCGCUGCGCUCGCUGCAGCUCAACCACGCGCUGGCGCGGGGAGGCCCCGCGCUGCUGGCCGCGCUGGACGCCGCGCUCGCCCCGCUGGCCGAGCUGCGUCUCCUGGGCCUGGCGGGCAACGCGCUGGGCCGCCUGCCGCCCGCCGCGCUGCGCCUGCCGCGCCUCGAGCAGCUGGACGCGCACCUGAACGCGCUGACCGGCCUGGGCCCCGACGAGCUGCACGCGCUGGAGCGCGAUGGCGGCCUUCCCGGGCCGCGCCUCCUGCUCGCCGACAACCCGCUGCGCUGCGGCUGCGCCGCGCGCCCCCUGUUGGCCUGGCUGCGCAACGCCACGGAGCGCGUCCCCGACGCGCGGCGCCUGCGCUGCGCCUCCCCGCGCGCACUGCACGAGCGGCCUCUCCUGGACCUGGACGAGGCGCGGCUGCUCUGCGCCGACGGCGACGCCGACGGCCGCGGGGAAGAAGUAGAAGCCGCCGGCCCGGAGCUGGAGGCCUCCUACGUCUUCUUCGGGCUGGUGCUGGCGCUCAUCGGCCUCAUCUUCCUCAUGGUGCUCUACCUAAACCGCCGCGGCAUCCAGCGCUGGAUGCGCAACUUGCGCGAGGCCUGCCGGGACCAGAUGGAGGGCUACCACUACCGCUACGAGCAGGACGCGGACCCGCGCCGCGCGCCCGCCCCCGCCGCCCCCGCCGGCUCCCGAGCCACCUCCCCAGGCUCGGGCCUUUAA